AUGCUGGCCAAUCCGCUGGGCUCAGUCGUUGUCUUGCAACGUGCCGCCGGGGCUUUUUCCUGCCUCUCCGUUCCAUGGCUCGUUGACAGCCUGGGAUGGAUCGGGUUGAUCUGGUAUCUUUUCGUCGUUGCAGUUUGUACCUUGGGAUAUUUUCAAAUAUGGCGGUACUACUCGCAUGCACCGCGCAAGUCCGUAUCCGCAUCCUCGUCUGAUGCACCGCACGUCACGGUGGUGCGGCCAGUCAAAGGCGUUGAGCCGUAUCUGUACGAGUGUCUGGCUUCGACGUUGCGACAAGACUAUCCUAGCGACAAACUGACGGUGUAUAUCUGCGUGUCAACAAGAAAGGAUCCGGCAUUCCCGAUUCUCGAAAAGGUCGUGCAAGACUUCGCGGCAUGCGAUGUGCGUGUGCUUGUCGAAGAAGAGGAUCCGCUGCUGCAAGAUGGCAGCUCGUAUCCCCUGGGGCCGAACCCUAAGAUACGGAAUAUGAGUCGCGCGUAUAGGGAGGCAAAGGGGGAUCUGUUGUGGAUCAUUGACUGCAAUGUCUGGGUGGGAAAGGGUGCGUGUGGGCGCAUGGUGGAUAAGCUUUGCGGGUAUGACUUGAAGGAUGGCAGGAAAUAUAAAUUCGUGCAUCAUCUCCCUGUCGCGGUCGAUGUCGAUGCCGAGGACGCUCUGGCAGACGAGGCUCGCCCGAUGCUUGCGAAUGGGAACGCCAGCUACAAGGUCGAGACAAAUUCCUUGCUAGGAAUUGGAGGAGGCAGGCUAGAGGAGCUUUUUCUCUCCUCGUCACAUGCCAAAAUGUACACUGCCAUCAAUACGGUCCUGAUAGCCCCUUGUAUCGUGGGCAAAUCUAAUAUGUUCCGACGGUCCCAUCUCGACUACCUGACGGUCCCGAAACCGGGUGAUACUCAGCCACGAAACCCCGGCAUUGACUAUGUUUCCGACCAUCUGUGCGAGGACCAUAUCAUCGGCGACUGGCUGUGGAAGAACAAAGUACGCGAAGAGGCCGAACUUGGCGUGCGCUUAGGCAAACACGCCAUGGUCUUCGGCGAUCUCGCCUUUCAGCCCGUCGCCAGCAUGAGUGUCAAAGCCUACAUUGCGCGUCGAGUCCGCUGGCUGCGUGUGCGCAAGUAUACCGUUCUAGCAGCUACGCUGGUCGAGCCGGGGACAGAAUCCAUUGUAUGCUCAUCUUUCGGCGCAUACGGGAUAAGUACCGUCGUCGCCAAGAUGCUUGACGACCGCGGUAUAGCCCUCGGCUCGCAACUAGGUACAUGGUCCUCAUUCUUCCUGCUCUGGGCCUCGAGUAUUAUACUGUGGUGUCUCAUCGACUGGACAUUAUACCUGAGACUGCACUCCUCCGCAACAAUCGAAAUCGACGCACACACCCCCCCAUUUGCGCGCCCUUCUCCGCAAAGUGAAAAAACUCGUCGCCCGUUUACGCACUGGCUCGCCGCUUGGAUUGGCCGCGAAUCCCUUGCCUUUCCCAUCUGGUUCUGGGCUGUCUAUGGCGGAUCCACGGUUGUCUGGCGGAAUCGGGCUUUUCGGGUGUCUUUAUGGGAUACGAAGGCGCGCGAAGCGGGCAAGGAGCUGCGUGUUGUUGACUCGUCGUAUUCGAAUGGGAGUCCUACUAAAAGUAAUGGAAACAAGGUUAGAACUGAUUAA